AUGUCCAGUCGAUGGUGGGAUUUUGGCGGCGACACGAUCAUCCGAGCAGACCAGUACAUUCGACUGGCGUCCGACCUGCCAUCACAGUCAGGUUGGCUCUUCUCCCGAAUACCUAUCACCGCGACGAACUGGGAAGUGGAGUUUGAAUUCUCAAUACAUGGAAAGGGGCAUCUGCAUGGAGAUGGAUUUGCUAUGUGGAUUACAAAGGAGAGGGCACAACCAGGGCCGGUGUUUGGCCAUGCGGACCGGUUUGAAGGCCUGGGCAUCUUCUUCGACACGUACAAGAACAACCGGCCUGGAGUGGUGUUUCCCUAUGUGAUGGCCAUGAUAGGCGACGGCAAGACGACGUAUGAUGCCGCGAACGAUGGCAAGGCAAAUGAGCUGGCUGGCUGUUCGGCUCGCGGACUGCGCUCCGCUUCAAUCCCUACCAAGGCGAAACUGACUUACUUCCAAGACAAGUCGCUGAGUCUGCAACUCCAAUACAAGGCGGCGGAUGCGUGGAUCGACUGCUUCAAGGUGGAACCUACAGAGCAGCAACCCCUGAAGCUCCCCAACACGGCCUAUAUUGGCUUCAGCGCACACACGGGCGAGUUGUCCGACAACUUCGACAUCAUCAGCGUGGAGACGCGGAAUCUGUACAAUCCGGUGGCGGCAAAUGCGGGCAGAACUGCUGCAGCUGCGGCGCGCGCGAGUGCGAGAGGGAGAAGGGAGAAGAAGAGUGGUGGGUGGGGCUGGUUUUUGUUCAAGUUGCUGUUCUUCGCUGGCUUGGUUGGCGGCGGCUAUGCUGGCUAUACCAAGUACAAGGAGAAGCAGCGGUACUCUGGGUUCUAG